AAAUGUACCUAAAAACUAGGUAAAUAAAGAUGAGAUUCACAUGAAGGGCAAUUGUGUAAAUUGAUUGCCAGAAGACCGCUACAUGUUCUCGGCUUCCAACCAAGCCCGAGUAGAGUCACCCUUUUGUGGUAGAGCCCUUUAUCGAAAUCUUAAGAGGUGUGUAAUUAUCUGGAAUCACUUGUACUUUUGUUCGUCGUGGAUUUAGGUUUGCCAACCAAUGGGAAAGGACUCAAAAGCAAAAGAUUCAUCUAAGGGUAAGGGAAAACAAGCAGCAUCCGGAAGUGAUGAGAAUGCUUCGAAGGGUAAAGGGAAGGGUGGAAAGGGAGCAGAUGGGCUUGGAACCUGCACAUAUGUCAAAGCAAGGCAUAUCUUAUGUGAGAAACAAGGGAAGAUUAAUGAAGCAUACAAGAAGCUUCAAGAUGGUUGGCUUAGCAAUGGAGACAAGGUCCCACCAGCUGAGUUUGCAAAGUUAGCUCAAGAAUAUUCAGAAUGUCCAUCAGGAAAGAAGGGUGGUGAUCUUGGGUGGUUUCCUCGUGGUAAGAUGGCAGGGCCUUUUCAGGAGGUUGCCUUCAACACACUUGUGGGAGCUACAAGUGCACCAUUUAAAUCAACGCAUGGCUACCACAUUAUCUUGUGUGAAGGGAGGAAGAACUGAUUUCUUCGUUAGAUUUCGGAUGAUUUGAAAUGGAAAUAAUAGUUUGUGUAGUUUGGUUUGGUAUUGGAAACUAAUGUUACCCUUAUAAUUUUCGUGAAGGUAAUCGGAGUUGAUAUAUAUUUAUGA